AUUGGGCAAACGUCCAAAAUCAGCAGGGAUCAAAUACAUUUUCCCUUACUGUACAAUACACAUGAUUUACUGAGAAUGUCGUUGUCCAUGUUGGGAAAUGGAGCGCAGUGGAUCGUAUCGUCUCCGCUAUGUUUCGGAAUCCGUGUGAUCACCCAGUCACAUCGCCUAAGUCCAUUCACAGCGCCUUACACAAACUACAUCUCCCCAACAAGGCAGCCUUCCCGCUGCUGUGUAUUGUGUUUAUGGGAUAACAGAGGUGUCUAUUAUCCCCUACGCCUUGAUACCAAAACGACUGAUUGUCCACUUAACACCCUAGCUCGUAAAUCACUAAUGGUGACAGUGUUGUUUGAGAGCAGCUAUUAAAGUCGCUGCGGCAAAUGAGGUGGUGGCUGGCCGAACCGUGCCUCGCUGUUUGUCUCCGGAGUGAUGACGGAUACAAACCAGACCAAGCGGAGGCCAUGUACCAGAUCGGGUUUUGGUUACUGAUGUUAGAGUGAUUGUGUUGCAAGUGUGGUCACUACGCGUCUGAACGUGCUCAAGCCCCGAAGCUCGGCGGUUGUGGGCAACGCCACGGGACUGCAUUCACUUUAAUUCGAGGACAAUGGAGGGCAUGGGGAACGUGUUUUUACAGCGCUAAUCCAAUUUAUUCAAAAUUAGCGCGCAAUUACACAAUGAGAUGCACUUACAUAUUCAUGCAUGAAACACAAUAGGCACAUUACGAUUCGGUAUGUUAAUAGACAUACGGAUUGUACCUUCCAAAGUUAACAAUCGAAUGGAAAUGUCCUGAAAGACAAAGGAUUGGAUCCUAGGAGGGGAGUCAUAAAACGGCUCAGAAGCAGAGCUCAAGGCCAUUUCGAGAGGGAACUUGAUGAGGCUGGACGCUCGACUCGUCGCUCUGCUGAUCGCCUUUCUAACGCGAGACAACGCAGCCUGGUGAACACAAUUGCUGUGUCGACAGUUAGGCGACUUUGCUUCGUAUGGUGAGUGAAUAUGCGAGUUCGUGGGGACAUCUUCAGACGGGUUACAGACAUCGAUUCACCGUGAAUCUCCAAAAGAAGCAGUCACAUGGAGCAGAUACGCUCUCCGAAGCCCCAAGCACACGGGAGCAAGGAGCCAUUCAAUUGCUCUGUGUGUGUGAAGGCAUUUUCACGGCAAUCAGAUCUUCAGAUUCACCAGAGAACACACACAGGCGAGAAGCCAUUCCCGUGUUCUGUUUGUGGGAAGGCAUUUGCAAGGUCAUCAACUCUUCAAGCUCAUCAGAAAACGCACACGGGUGAGAAGACAUUCCUGUGCCCAGUGUGUGGGAAGGCAUUUUCACUCUCGUCAACUCUUCAGAUUCACCAGAGAACACACACGGGUGAGAAGCCGUUCCUGUGUUGUGUGUGUGGGAAGGCAUUUGUACGGUCAUCAACUCUUCAAGCUCAUCAGAGAACACACACGGGUGAGAAGCCAUUCCUGUGUUCUAUGUGUGGGAAGGCAUUUGCACAGUCAUCAACUCUUCAGAGACACCAGAGAACACACACGGGUGAGAAGUCGUUCCUGUGUUCUGUGUGUGGGAAGGCAUUUGCACAUUCAUCAACUCUUCAAGAUCAUGAGAAAACACACACGCGUGAGAAGCCAUUCCUGUGUUCUGUGUGUGGGAAGGCAUUUUCACAGUCAUCAUCUCUUCAAGAUCAUAAGAGAACACACACGGGCGAGAAGCCAUUCCUGUGUUCUGUGUGUGGAAAGGCAUUUUCACAGUCUAACUAUCUUCAGAGACACCAGAGAACACACACAGGCGAGAAGCCGUUCCUGUGCUCUGUGUGUGGGAAGGCAUUUGCACAGUUAUCAACUCUUCAAACUCACCAAAGAACACACACAGGCGAGAAGCCCUUGCCGUGUUCUGUUUGUGGGAAGGCAUUUGCAAGGUCAUCAACUCUUCAAGCUCAUCAGAAAACACACACGCGUGAGAAGCCAUUCCUGUGCCCUGUGUGUGGGAAGGCAUUUUCACUCUCGUCAACUCUUCAGAUUCACCAGAGAACACACACGGGUGAGAAGCCAUUCCUGUGCUCUGUGUGUGGGAAGGCAUUUGCUCAGUCAUCAAUACGGAACAGGCAUCAGAAGGUCCACGAUGAUAGGAAGCUGAAAUCAAAAGGUGAAAUUCCAGGUGCUGCAAUGAGUCCUGAAGGAGAUUCCACCUUCGAUCCCAUGCAGUUGGAUCCCGAGGGAUGGCUGGAUGUAAUGGAGUGGCUCGAGAGUCAAAACGAGAGCUAGGGGUGACUGAGAAAUAAUGUUGCAUGUGGUUUAACCUAUUAAGCCGGAUUGAGUCAUUUUGCUUGUAAUGUUGCCCCUUACAGUUUUUGUGAGUUUCGUGACGUGGUGGUUUAAUGUUUUCGGAUUACUUGCUGAAGUGGUGUGAUAAGCACUGGUUGUGAGUGUUCCUGUUGAGCUAAAGUUUAAAUGAGUCUAAUUACAUCUUUACUCAACAUUUUAAAGCUUUUUUUAUUUUACAUAUUUUUUUUGGUUGGCAAUAAGCGACUGUAGCUAACCGAUGUCAGGCUGUAGUUU